CGGCCGCAGUUAUAAAACAUUAUCAGUCGAGGUCGGUUCGUUUUGGAUUUGCAGUGAUGACAAAAUGUUAGCGGCUUUAGGAUUUAAAAUUAGUUACAUUACAUUAUUAUUUAUAAUAUCGUGCGCUUUGAGUGUUGAACAAUAUGCUCCACCGAGUAGUUCCCUGUACGUGGCAGAGGACCCGCAUAUUACGAAAAAAGUGACUGUAAUAAAUAGACAACUCGGAGAAAAUGGAAAGGAAACAUCUGAAAGGAAAAAACGUGAAGCUACAACAGUCCCACCACAGACAGUGGAUAGAAAUAUCAGUACAUGGACUUCACAUCUCAACGACAGCCACCAACAGUUAAUGGUGCACUGGGUGGGAGAAGGUUCAAAUGUUAUUAUCUGCCUGGCUAGGGACUCUACAUCCAGGGUCAAAGAUCUUUCACCAUCAGCUUUAUAUAUAUCCUAUGACUAUGGAAAGAACUUCACAAAUAAGACGGAAAGUUUUCAUUUGAGCGACAGUCCCGAUAGCGGUUACGCACAGUUGGAUAAGUUCUUCAAUCAUCCGAAAUAUCCUGAAUUUUGCGUGUUCGUGGAUUCGACUAAUAAGAAGCUGUACUACACUCAAGACAACGGCAGGACUAUAAUAAGGUCUGAUCUCAACUUCCAUCCAAGCGAAUUGGCUUUCGAUGAGGACAUACCCAAUAGAUAUGUCAUAUUGGACAAGGUUGAUUCCACUAGAAAUCUAUACAUGACUUUCGAUGGCGGCAAGAACUUCAAAUUGAUACAGAAUUACGUUAAAACGUUCUUCUGGUCUUCGGGAGUCGGUUAUCCUAAAGCUUUUUACGUGGAGCGAUGGAAGCCGGGCGGCAACAGCACAGUGCUGACGGCCAACGAUCCCUCCAACAUGGUCAACGCCCAGGAACUGUUCGCUGAUGCAAAGGACUUCCAGAUCAAAGGAGACUUUAUGUUCGCCACGAAACAGUCCAAAGAGAAGAACUCCUUGGAUCUGUACAUUUCACAUCAGAGGGGUCCGUUCUUCAAAGCCAACUUCCAGACCGAAUUGGAUUUGCAUAAGUUCCAUAUAGCCGACGUGACAGACAAACGUAUAUUUGUCUCUGUCAUGCACACAGAGAAUCUGGCAAAUUUGUACGUUUCAGAGAUAAAUAGAAAUUUCACACAGUACAAUUUCGUGUUGAGUCUGGAACAGGUCCUGUGCUACUUCCCUGAUGGUAACUGGAAGGACAGUUGGCUAGAGGAUGUCACAGAGGAUCCAUUCACUGACUUGUAUCGUGUGGAAGGUCUAAAGGGUAUCUACAUUGUGUCUAAGGUCAAUUUCAAGUCGUUGUCCUUCAACAUAGAACCAGAACAUUUGAUAUCAUUGAUAACAUUCGAUCAUGGUGUCACCUGGUCUCCGAUUGUACCACCGUCCGAAGAUGAGAAUGGUAAACCGAUGAAUUGUUACAAAGAAAACUCAUGCUCCCUACAUUUGUGUCAGAAAUUCAGCCAGCUGUAUCCAGUUACGAGCAUACCCGGAUAUGUGGUAGACACUGAAUGGAGAUCGGCGAGUAUAAUGAGUUCGAAAUCAGCUCCAGGUAUAAUAAUGGCUACGGGCGUGAUCGGAAAAUCACUGAAAGGUAUCCCCGGAGUCUAUAUCAGUAGGGACGCGGGGCUUACAUGGAAGAGGAUCUUGAAAGAUUAUUAUUUCUUCAACUACGGAGACCACGGUGGCGUUUUGGUUGCCGUCAAAUACUUCAAAUCUAGAGGAGAAACUAGAAGAAUAUUGUAUUCGACCAACGAAGGAAUCGAUUGGCAAUCUCAUCAGUUCAAUGCUGAUGACCUUCGUAUUUACGGACUUAUGACUGAGCCUGGUGAGAACACAACGACUUUCACUAUGUUCGGCUCAGCGAACGAACAGCAUCAGUGGAUCAUAAUAACAAUGGAUUUGAUAAACACUUUUGCACGCAACUGUACUGAGAGCGAUUAUAAAUUCUGGUCGCCGUCACCACCUACGUCCCCAAAUUCUUCGGUUUCUUGCGUUCUUGGCACAAGGGAUACAUUCCAGCGCAGACUUGCGCACACGAAUUGCCAUAACGGUAUAGACUACGACAGGCCCGUCAGGAAGGAGGUCUGCGAAUGCAGCAGACGGGACUAUGAAUGUGAUUUUGGAUUCAUUUUAUCUCAUAACACGUGUGUUCGCAAUCAAAGUUUGGUGGGCAACGAUCCUUAUGCUGAGGCAUCGGAUUGUCAGCCCGGACAUUACUUCCAAAGGACUAAAGGAUACAGAAAGAUAGACGGCGAUGUUUGUACUGUCUCGUAUUACAUGCCUUACGAGCCGGAAAUGGUCCCUUGUCCUUUGUCGGUGCCGACCGAAUUCCUAUGGGUUGCUUUGAGAGAUAAAAUAGCUCGCAUCGAUUUGUCAAACAACACGACUGUCAUUCCUAUCAAAAACCAACAGAACAUAGUCGCCAUUGAGUUUGAUAUGAAGAACAACUGCAUCUAUUGGGCUGAUAUCGAGGUAGAUAAAAUCAGUCGCCAGUGUUUCGACAACGGUAACGUACAGGAGAUAGUGGUCGAUACUGAUUUAGCUAGCAUAGAGGGUAUGGCCUUGGAUUGGAUUUCUAAUGUGCUUUUCUUUGUUGACGGCAUGCGGAAGAAAAUAGAAGCUGUGAGAACAGAUCUUCAGAGCAGCGGCCGAAUGAGGGCCACUAUAUUAGAUUCUAAAGUUCUGUCCAAACCCCGUGGUAUUGCUGUUCAUCCGAGAGCUGGUUAUCUGUACUGGACGGACUGGGAUCGGAAGAAUCCAUCAGUUUCCAGAUCGAAUCUCGACGGUUCCAACGUUACCAAGUUAUUUACAAAGCCAAUAGUCCAAUGGCCGAAUGGCAUAACCAUCGAUCAAAUGUCGGAUAGAAUUUAUUGGGUAGAUGCUCUGGAGGAUUACAUAGCGAGUGCGGAUCUCAAUGGACAGUAUUUCAGACGGAUUCUAUGGAAUGACGAGAAAGUGUCUCAUCCAUUCGCAGUAGCCGUGUUAAAACAUAAGAUGUAUUGGGACGAUUGGAAAGCGAAGUCUAUAUUCACCGCGGACAAAGACACGGGAGCUGAUAUAGUCACUAUCAACGACAAGCUAUCCGGCUUGAUGGAUUUGAAGGUGUUCGCGUAUUUCAUGCAACACGGAAGUAACGCCUGUUCAUACAAGAAUACGAGUUGCGAUACUUUGUGCCUCGGCGGUCCGAGGAAUACUUUCAGCUGUCUUUGCCCAGACGGUUUUAAGAAAAUAAACGGUAAAUGCAUGUGUCCAAACGGUUUGGAGCCAACUCCGAAUAUGACGUGCCCCAAACAGGCCGGAUCUUGUUCACCGGAGGAGUUUUCUUGCAAGAACGGUAGAUGCAUUCGUAGCACGUGGCGUUGUGAUGGCAACGACGAUUGUGGGGAUGGGUCCGACGAGGUUGGGUGUGGGUGCGCGCCCCCCAGGAUCGCCUGUGACGGCCGGUGCUACUUACCCCAUUGGCGCUGUGACGGUGACAUGGAUUGCGCUGAUAACAGUGACGAGAAAGAUUGCGGUAAACAAAACUGUACGGAGAACCAGUUCCAGUGCGCCAACGGGAAUUGCAUCGAGAAAAGAUGGGUUUGCGACGGAGAUAACGACUGCAAAGAUGGCUCUGAUGAACGGAAUUGUACGCAAAGUCUACCAAAACGUCCGGUAACGGUCAACUGUUCCGGUCACGUGUUCGCUUGCUCUAAUGACACAAACGCUCUUUGUAUACCGAACUCAUGGGUUUGUGAUGGAGAGAGAGACUGUCUCGGUGGUGAGGAUGAGACAGAGGAGAGAUGUACCAACUCCACCUGCGCCCCCUAUAUGUUCAGAUGUCCUAGCGGAAAGUGCAUUUAUAUGUCAUGGGUUUGUGACGGCGAGAACGAUUGCAGCGACGUAGAUUCAUCAGACGAGAAGAACUGUACCUCUAUCGGCCACUCUAAGCUGAUACCUCGGCCUACGGAAAAACCAGAUUUCGGUACCAAAGGUUCCUGCUUAGAAUGGAUGUUCAAGUGCGACAACGGCGUCUGUCUGCCGUACUGGUGGAGAUGCGACGGCACCAACGACUGCGGCGACAACUCGGACGAGGCGGCGUGUGGCCUGCGACCCGAUAACAAGACUCACAUAACGCCGGAGCGGGAGGUCAAACAGAAGUGCGCCAAGAACCAGUUUACCUGUGAACCCGGUGUGUGUAUACCACUGACGUGGGUCUGUGACUCCGUUAGUGAUUGUAUCGACGGAUCCGACGAGUCGGGCUGCGAUCGGAGACACGACAAAGGAGAUACCGGUCUGCGGUGCGAGCCCGCGGCGACGCCGUGCGCUGACGGCUCGGCCUGCAUUGGCGACCACCAGCUGUGUGACGGAGUCAUCGACUGUGGGGAUCAUAGUGACGAAAUGCACUGCGGCACCCAGAAGCCAAAAUCUCCUGUGAGUUGUCCUCCACGAUACUUCGAGUGUGACGAGGGGACUCGCUGUCUGUGGCAAGCGAUGGUGUGUAACUGGCAUCAGGAUUGCUACGACGGCAGCGACGAGGCCAAUUGUACCAGCAAUAAUAAUAAUAAUAACGUUUAUCAGUAUCUAAGCAUCGGCGUAGACCAGUCGUCGAUAAACUCAACCAGCUUCCUGAUAUCGUGUUGGAUGGCGCAGCAGAGGACUGUGAUGUAUAACUUCCUGCCGUCCAUCUCCAAGGUCGACGAUGGAGUGUGGAAGAACAUGACAUGGACCAAUGACAGCGUCUACAGAUUCACCGGUUUAGAGCCGUACACCGAGUAUAACGUGACAUUCUAUAUACAGGACAGCAAAUCUAACAGAAGUUACGCUUCGAUGAAAUAUAUUAAUACAAUGACUGGAGAAGGAGUACCUUCGCCCCCUCAACGUCUAACCGUGCGUCAAAUGAUAGGAAGACGAGUCCAAAUAUUAUGGGACCCACCCAAAGACCCGCGAGGCGUUAUAACUCAUUACACCAUAUACUACGUACCACCCUUACCGCCCAUGGAGAAGACGGUACUCGCCGGCAGCGCCAACAAAACCGUGUCAGUGUUUUUGGACGGUUAUUUCAAGCCAAAUAAGAAUUAUUCCUUCUGGGUUACAGCAUCAAACAACGCGAAUACGUCCGAGUCUACUCCCAUAUCCUACCUUCUGUUUGAUGAUGUGGGUGAUGUUGAUGAUAUCGUUAACGCGAGCAUGUCCCGUCUCGCUCCCACCAGUGUUAGCGUCACAUGGAACAGAUUGAGAGGGAUAGAGGGCUACCUGGUAGACGUGAGACUACCUUCGCAGUACGCCAAACGACCGGUCAUUAGAACAAAGGAGAAUUCUGUCAAUAUCACAAACCUACCCACCGGUGUUAAAGUGUACAUCGACAUUAAAGCGUACAAAGACAAUGUGAUGGGGAAUCCGUUCACGAUACCGUUCGUCACUGAGGGUGUUGAAGAUGAAACGUUGAAUGUGACAGCAGUUCUGCUGAAAGAGAAGCGUACCUCAGUGGAACUGAGCUGGUCUCCUCCCGUUAGUGAUAGAUACAAGAAUAAGAAGCUUGAAUAUGAAGUACAUUAUAACAAUGUAAUGCAAUGGAGGAUGUAUCCGGGGGAGAUGGUUAAUGAUACAAAGAUAGUGACUGAGAGCAACAGGCUGGUUAUAGAUGGUCUUCAUGCGUGUGAGAGUUACUUGUUCACUGUGGGACUCGUCGGAGGACCGCUGGCGGCUUUCAGGGAGAUCAUUACUAGAGAAAACGUCAGGGCUCCAGUUAAAGAUUUGAAUUAUGUUUUUGAUGACAAGAAGAACACUUUAAAUAUAACUUGGAAGGCUAACUGUGACGUUAUCAAAGACCCGAUCGCGUACAGGUUGGACGUUGAAGAAUUAACUCACAACAAGUUUAGUCACUUCGUACUAAACGCUACCACUAAUGUCUCGUUGAUACAUACCUUUGAGGACGUUCCCGUAGGAGGACGGUUUAAUAUAUGCGUUUCUGCGUCUGUACGCGAUUCAUCAGUGAAAUGUAUUGAAGCUCGUACCGGUGUCGUGGACUCACCUAGCGCGGUUGUGGCCUGGCUCGCGCCUAACGGACACAUCAUGGUCAGCUGGAAACAUGACGAACAUAACUACACCCAUAAACACAAGUACCAGAUCCUUGUAUCGGAGAAGGAGUUGGACGAGGAUGUGCUUCACCCGGGAGAUGACGUAACGGUCGUUGAUGCGGAGUUCACGCCCAUGUUGCUGAGCUCACACGCUCCUACCAAGGGACCACUGUAUGUCGGUGUGAGGGCUGUCACCUCAGACGGUUACUAUAGCGACCUUAGCGAAGUACACACAAUGGAAAUGCAAGAUGCAGAGCCUCUAGAAGGUACGUCUAGCGCGGGCGCGGUGUGGUGGGGGGUGGGCGUGUCGUGCGGCGCCGCCCUCCUGAUGGCCGGAGCCCUUUUACACGUGGUCGUCAAACAGAGGCGAGCUCACGCAAGACUGGCGCACACACCGCGCUACGACAGUCGACGAGGAGAGGCGACUAUUGAUCACGACGAUGACGACGUACCUCCAAUCCACGGUUUCUCUGACGACGAACCGCUCGUUAUAGCGUAAACUGAAAUGUGAUAGCGUUCUUGUCAUAGCCCUGAUAUAGAUUUGUACAUUAAAUAAAAAAUAAUAUUUAAUAAAAUUAUUUCAAAGAAACCGUUUCAUAUAAAACCGUUUGAAGAACCGUUUGGUUGCGGUUCACAACUUUCAUAGUGUAACCGUGAAAAUCUUCGGUAUGGUUUCAUAGAUAUUAAGGUUUUCUUCAAUAAAUUAUAAUAGCAGCUAUGACAUUCUCCAGGUAGUAUUUAUUGUGUAUUAUAUUUAUUCGACAUUAUAUUCUUAUGCAUUUUCUAGUAGACGUCUUAUUAAGAAGUGUUAGUGAAUUAAAUUUUUUAGUUUCUUUUUUUUAAAUAGUAAUCUUUUAAUUAUUUGUUCUCGUUCUGUUUCUCGCCGUGGAGUCUGACGCGUUUUUAUUUUCAAUUACCAUAUUAUCUUCGGAUCAAUUUUUAAUCAUAAUGCUCAGAGUAUUACUAACAUUAUUAUUCUAAGUAUUUUUUUUUUA